AUGGCCGACAACGGCCGCAAACUUGAUCCCGGCAGCCUUGAGAAGAUCGACAAUGACAAUCUGUAUGGCGGUGCACAAGGGUUGCGAGAAGGCCGCUUCCGAGAGACGCGAGGCGGCCUUAUCCUUGGAGAGCUCUUCCAAAAGGCUCCAUUCCGGUACAUGCUCCGCCGGGAGGCUGUUCAGGGAUUCUUGCAAGUCCGCAAUGCGAUCCGACGCCACCUUGGACGUAGCCAGGAGCUUCGCGCCCAUGGAUGCCCACUGCGCGCCUUGUCCAGUAAAGACACCGAGCAGUUUCGGGCCAUCGGGACCAUACGAGGUACGGCUACCCGCAGCCACGACACCCGUAAGCGACUGGGCGAGAUCGUCCAGCUUCGACACGAGGCCCUCGGUGGUUUUCGCCGCCACGCUAAGCCUGAACGGCAGGAUGAGGUCCGACUGAGCAGUGGGGCUCGGCAUCGUGAUUCCCUUUGUGCGACCGUCCUGGUUGAUUCCGGUUUCGCGGAUCAGGCAUUCAAUCGUGUCACCAUCCGCCAGCGCAGCGCUCAAAGUCUUCAAUACCAAGGCCGCCACGCCGUCACCGCGAGCGUAACCGUUGGCGUCUUUAUCCCACAUACGGGAUCGCCCGUCGGGCGAGAGCAUCUUGAGCUUACUCUCGGCGACAAACUGCUCGGGGCUCAGCGCCAAGUUGGCGCCGGCUACGAUGGCGGCCGGCGACUCACCCGAGCGGAGGCUCUGGACGGCUAA